UACCAUAGUUACAACCAUUGUGCCUCUUGGACCUGGAUCCACGCAUACAAUCUGCCCACAUUGCCACGCUGAGAUCGACACAGCAACGAAAACGGAACCCGGCAUGAUCGCCUAUAUUUCGGGAGUCAUCAUAGCGUUGUUGGGUUUCUUCCUUUCUUCAUACUUAGAUGUUGGUUAGGAUGCUGUUUAAUUCCUUGUUGCAUGGACGAGUGCAUGGACGUUCAUCACAAUUGUCCAAAUUGUAAAGCUUACCUGGGGCGUCAUAGAAGAUAAAGAAAUGGAUACUGCGUCAGCGUCUACAGAUUGCAUUUGUACGUUGAGAUAUAUGCCUUUGACGCCACAAUUCCGAACGGAUGUAUCGAACUUUACCUGGCACCUGUACAGUCUGGGAAUAAUUCUCUGUGAGAGAGUACUACGAAAUGCAGUUCUACGCGGAUUUAAGCUAGGUCUUCAUAACGAAGGUCCUCAUGCACGCUGUUCAUAUAGCAUAAUUUUAAUUCAAUACCGUUGUUCUAUACGCCUACGAUAAUCUCUGCACGAAAUUUGAUAUAACUUUUUUGCACAUCUUUGUAAAAAUAUUUAUUGUGCUUUUGCACAAAAGGCUGACGCAAUCUUCUCCAUAUUAUGAUACGUGCAGGAUUUUGGGUAACGUGAAACUUGUUUCACACUGUUUAUCUCGGGACACUUGCGUGUACACCCGAUCAUUAGGGAAGGGUAUGUUGACACGAAUCGUGCUUCCAUAUCAAGAGGUGUGCAAUUUUAAUAUAACUAUGUCAAUAUUAUAAAUGUACGACAGUUUGUUUUGAUAGCAUUGAUCUUUACAAAUUAAUUGAUUUGCGUCGAAUCUCCACUCAGUCGUCAUCGUCGUUAGCCUCUUGCGUUGGUAUUUAAUCGACACUUGGGCGGCACAUAUGUGUCUAUGAAUUCGGUAACCCACAGUUUGCCUAGGAAAUUCUCUUUACAGACCACAAUACAUUUGUUUCCAUGUAAUUAUGUAAAACAAACGAGAUUUGUUUAUAUGCGGAUAUACCAAGAAAAAUGUUAUACACAUGUAACGUUGGUCGCAAACAUAUUAAGCAAAGUUAAAAAUAUAUUAAUAUAUUAAAUUUUGAGUAAAGAUGUACUUGAGGUCGGUGCAUUAAACAUGUGUGACACUGAUUGCGAACAUGUUGAAGUUGACGCUUAGAAGGGACAAGAACAUACAUUAGCAUUGCCUCCAGAAAACUUACUUUUCUCCGAACGGUACUUUACGCUUUUUCAACAUAUUUACUAAGCAGUCGCCAUUUCUUUCAACAUGCCUUUAGUAUGCUGGGUCGUUUAGUUGUUGGAAAAAUAUAAACCACUAAGUGUUGUUCGACAAAAAAUCAGCCGUGCAGCACAGAGCGCUUACCGAGCUGCUUUUUCUGCUGAACACAACCAGCACGUGCCUAAGACGCGCUGAACGAUCUGGACUUGUAAAUAGUGGGACAUUUGGGAGACGUGAUUCCAACGCAAGGAGGUAACGCUCGUAGCGUGAUGUUGAGAUAAGUUAGGGACGGGUGAACAUCAAUGUACGUGCAGAUAUCUUUACGUUUCCCUCCAAUGAAAGAAACUCUGCAAUUAGAAUCUGUAUUAGGUAUUAGGUUCGGACAUAGUAUUCUCAUUUGCAUAACAAUUUGCAUACGUUUCUUCCGACGAAGUUAUGAAUGCAUUAAUGUGAGUCACGAUUGCUCACGCUCUGUCUGCACAGACAUGCCAAGAACGUUACAAGCACGUCACUACGACGUUAUUACGCCACGUUAUGCUCACCACGUCCAGUGCUGUCAGGGCGAGCUUGCGUGGUAAUCUGUUCGACAGAAAUCGAAUGACAGUGUGACAGUACAAAUUAAGUUUUUUUUUUUAUUAUAUUUUUACUUGCUAGAUAAAAGUAUAAUGAUGUUUACUGUAGGUAGGGACUUGCAAUCGUGACUAUUUGGUGCGCUUCUAACUUAAUCGGGAAAAGCGUAUGUAAAUCGUCAUGCAGUUUAUUAGUUAAUCUCACUCAAUAAACCGUCCAGCUUUGUAAAGAUAGUUAAAUAGUGCCAUCCGGAAUCUUAACAUUUAUUGCUUGAGCGUAACUGACGAUGACGCCCGCAUUAUUUAAAUAUUAAUACGUUAAUUUAAUUGUUCAAAGCUUGUGGAGGUUGUAAAAUUUGUUAUGUUCGCUUAUGAAAUGAGAAAAUUAAAUAUGAAAAAAAUAAACAAAUGAAAUUACAUAUAUAUAUUAUACAUACGUACAAUUUUAUAUUAAUAUAAAGCGUAAAACACAUUGGAAGCGCAAGAAUAUGACCGAAUGCUUUAGUACGUGCAAUAAUAGAAUUGAGAUAUCAUAGAGAGAUGAGCUUGAUAUUGUUUUAAGAAAUUUAUACGAGCUAAUAUCGCUACGAAAAUCUCCGACACAGCGUGCAAAACAUGGCGCGCAUCAGAUCGAAUCGCAAUUGCAACGAGACUAAGCACCUUCACUCGUUCUGACCUCAUGUGCUCUUACUACAAGAUAUUUCUAUUUUAUUAAAUAUGUAAAAGGUUGUAACGAAUAAACGAAAGAAGACAUUAAACUGAUAUAUUAAAAUGCAAAUUAUAUACACGCGUGCGGUACAUUCUUACCUCCUUGUAAUAAAAUCUAUGUUUAUUUUCUACAAUAUGUAAUAAUCUUACAUGAUUUUAAUAAGAAUUGUAGUAAUGUAAUUUUGAUAAUUCUGUUAGAGUCAUAUGAUUAGUUUUGGGAGAAGAAAACAAGAAUUUUGCAGUAUAAUAAGCAAUUUCUUGAUUGAAUUCUUAUCGUGUCAGUUUAGACACAUUAUUUCUAAAAUUAGUUCUGCAGCCUCCUCUACGAGUCGCCACUGUUUUCACUCCAAAGAAUUUAAGUCGUAGUACAACUCAACGACAAGUCAGACAUACCUUUUGUAUAAUGCGAAAAUUAUAACGCUAUAUUAAUUACUGCACCACAGUGUUUAUUUUAUCCUUUUCUGUAUUUCCUGAUGUUCCCGUAAGAAUUUAUAUUAAGGAAAAAAGGAGAUUAAUGUAAAUCAUAGAAAAUGCAACAGAAAGAACAAACCUAUGCAUAUGCGUCAUGUGGAAUGUGAUAAAAGGCGGGAAAAAACGUCAGGCAAAGUUGCGUCGCGAAAAUGCCAGUUAUUUAAUUAAUUUGUUUACGCGCAUUAUGAUCUUGAUUGCUGUUAGGUUACACGAUGGCCGACGAAUUUCCAGAUCCGGACGAAGAAUUCGAUUUGAUUCACCAAGCAGACUACGAGGCUUUGAGAGACUUUGAAGAUGAGUUCAUAAAAAAACAACCAUCACAACCAUCACAACCUGGUCCCAGUGGAAUAUCUCAAACGACAAACAGAAACAAACAGCAAACCAGUGUUGAAAUCUCUACUCCUGUCAGUUGUGAUUCAAUUAUUGACAAUAAUAAACCUAGCUGUAGUAGGAAACGUACUUACGAAGAACUGUUUGGCGAUAUCAGUGAUCUCUUAGGAAAUGAUAUCUCAGAAUUUUCAGUCGAUUCUGAGGAACCAAAGGACAAGAAGCUUCGAUGGGACCAACCUCAGGAUGUCAUUAAAAAAAUAUUAAAUGCUAGACAACUGAUGUAUGAACAUACUGGCAGUACAGUGGUGAGGACAAGGUACAAUGAAAACAAGAAGAAUUCCAUUUCUUUGCGAGUUCCACCAUGGAAUUUUGUAGCAGUCACAAGAACAUAUGACUCUCAACGUCUCUAUGUCAGAGUUAGAAAUGUGCAGAAUGAUGUCAAACAAUCUACCAAGCUAAUUAACAAUCUACUCUCUGUACCCUACAGACAGUUGAAAGCUCAAGCUGAAGAAGUUAUAGCAAAGAAGAAAGAAUUAUCGAUGCAAACAGCGACAGAUCCACAACAGACAAGAGACGUAGUCAACGACGAAUUAUGGGUCGAUAAGUAUCGACCACGAUCCUACAUAGAAUUACUGUCGGAUGAAACCGUUAACAGAGAGCUCUUACAUUGGCUGAAGCUUUGGGACAAGAUAGUAUUUAAUCGAAACGUCAAUAAAACAAAGAAGAAGACAAAAAUUUCCCAGUUCGGGGCGAAAAAAGACCAGAAUGACGAGGAAGUUGAGGAAGUGGAUAGUAAAGGAUAUCCAUUGAAGAAGAUAGCUUUACUCAGUGGACCACCAGGAUUAGGAAAAACGACCUUGGCUCAUAUAGCGGCAAGACACGCCGGCUAUAACGUUGUCGAAAUCAACGCGAGCGACGAAAGAAGUCCGGAUACGUUCAGGCAGAUCCUUCUCGCAUCGACAGAAAUGAGAGCUGUGAUGGGUGCUGAUCCGCGGCCGAAUUGUUUGAUCUUCGAUGAGAUCGACGGCGCACCGGCUGCGUCCAUCGAGCUUCUAUUGAAAUUUGUCCAAGGGAAACUGGCACCGAAAACUAAAAAGGAAAAGGGUCAGCCGGAAAAGACAUCAAACGGCUGUACGCGCCCUGUGAUGUGCAUCUGCAACGAACCGUACGCGCCAACGUUAAGAACGUUGAGAGCUGCCGCUGUGAUAAUACCAGUGCCGGAAGUAAGUCCCUUGAGAUUAGCUGAACGUCUAAUGGAAAUAGGGAGGAAAGAAAACUUGAACUUAGAUUUCGGCGAUCUCGUCAAAAUAGCAGAGAGAUCCGCCUGUGACGUACGAUCCUGCGUAGGAGCGAUACAAUACAUGGGUAAUACUGAUUUAAAGGAUAACUUAUCUCUAGGUCUUAAAGACACUCGUAAAAACUUAUUCGACUCUUGGAAAAGCAUCCUAACGAUCCCUAUGCACAGAGGAGGAAUCGUUCCCAUUUCCGAGAGAAUCGAGAAUAUCUUGAAAACGGUGCAAAAUGGUGAAACGGAAAAGUUGGCGCAAGGAAUAUUUCAUAAUUAUCCUGAAAUAUGCGACCGAAAACUCGACAAUAUGUCCACGUCGCUGGAGUGGUUUCAAUUUUACGAUCUGAUAACAUCGCUCGUUAUGCACAAGCAGGUCUGGUCGCUCAUGCCUUACACCAAUUACGGAUUCAUUGCAUGGCAUUUGCAUUUGGCGCGCACGCAGAAAGUGAAAUUAUCUUAUCCUACGGUUUUCAACGAAGUGACUCAAAGAUCAGCGAAGAACACGGGUAUUCUGACGGCGAUACGAAAAGCGUGUGGACGUGACGCUUUCACCUUGACUAUGGAUGUCGCCAGUUUCUUGCCGGAUCUUCUGGCACCAAAACUACGCACGGUUCCUUCUCACUUAUAUUCAUCGAAAGAAAAGGCUGAUCUCGUUAGAAUAGUGAACGUGAUGCUCGAAUUUGGCUUGUCCUUCGUGCAAGAGAAAAAUCCCCAAGGCGGAUAUAUUUACAACAUAGAUCCAAACAUUUUGGACAUCGGUAUUCUUCCUAACUGCAACGUGCAUCGGUGUCUCGCGUACGCUGUACAGCAGAUAAUCACGCAGGAACUGGAGGUUGAACGUUUGAAACGUGCGAGUAUCUCGAUGGGUCUCGGUGAAAUUAAUAAUACUGAAAAUGUAACGAAUUCGAAAAAUCCUGUGAUUACAGAAAAAAUUCAAGAUAAAUCUUCCAAUGGUUCGACUAAUGCUAAACAAUUUGGGAAGAAUGAGACAUCGUUAAAGGAAGUAGUGUACAAAGAUUUCUUUGGGAAUAUUAUCACAAGUGAGAACAAGAACGCUCAGAAGCAGAACAAAACGACCAAUCGUAUUUCACCGAGGUCUCAAAAAGGAUAUUCUCUAAUGCAAAAUGUCUUAACAAAGCAUGGAAUAUGGUAUAAAUAUAAAGAAGGUUGCAACAACGCCGUUCGUCGAAGUGUGUUCAUGGAAAAAUUCUUGUAGUGGAUUAAUUAAAAGAUUUUUAUAAAGAGAUAUAAAUAGAAUAAAACGAAAAAGAAGUGUUACUU